AUGUCGUCGUCGGCGCCCGUACCGGCCGCGAUGGCCGUGGACGACGCGGAGGACGACCAGCUCGCCUCCAUGUCCACGGAGGAGAUCAUCAGGGCGUCCCGUCUCCUCGAUAACGAGAUCCGCGUCCACAAGGACGAACUGCAGCGGUCGAACCUGGAGCUGGAGUCUAUCAAGGAGAAGACCAAGGAGAACCAGGAGAAGAUCAAGCUCAACAAGCAGCUGCCGUACCUCGUCGGCAACAUCGUCGAGAUUUUGGAAAUGAACCCUGAGGAUGAGGCUGAAGAAGAUGGUGCUAACAUUGAUCUGGACUCACAAAGGAAAGGGAAAUGUGUUGUUCUGAAAACAUCUACCAGACAAACCAUAUUCCUUCCUGUAAUUGGAUUAGUUGACCCUGAUAAGCUUAAGCCUGGCGAUUUAGUUGGAGUUAACAAAGACAGCUACUUGAUACUAGACACAUUGCCUUCGGAGUACGACUCACGGGUUAAGGCAAUGGAAGUAGAUGAGAAACCUACAGAGGAUUACAAUGACAUUGGAGGACUCGAGAAACAGAUUCAAGAGCUUGUGGAAGCAAUAGUGUUGCCAAUGACACACAAGGACCGAUUUCAGAAAUUGGGUAUUCGUCCCCCCAAAGGUGUUCUUUUGUAUGGACCGCCUGGGACCGGGAAGACACUCAUGGCUCGUGCGUGUGCUGCACAGACUAAUGCCACAUUUCUGAAACUGGCUGGCCCACAACUUGUCCAGAUGUUCAUCGGUGAUGGAGCUAAGCUCGUUCGAGAUGCUUUUCAGCUUGCUAAGGAGAAAGCCCCCUGCAUCAUCUUUAUUGAUGAAAUCGAUGCCAUUGGAACAAAGCGUUUUGACAGUGAAGUUAGUGGCGAUAGAGAAGUGCAAAGGACUAUGUUAGAAUUGCUGAACCAGCUUGAUGGAUUUAGCAGCGAUGAGAGGAUAAAGGUGAUAGCUGCCACAAAUCGUGCUGAUAUUCUUGAUCCUGCUCUGAUGAGAUCUGGUCGUCUGGACCGGAAGAUUGAGUUCCCUCAUCCAUCAGAGGAAGCAAGAGCCAGAAUCUUGCAGAUUCACUCGAGGAAAAUGAAUGUGAAUCCAGACGUCAACUUCGAAGAGUUGGCGCGUUCAACUGAUGAUUUCAAUGGUGCUCAGCUAAAGGCUGUUUGCGUAGAAGCUGGCAUGCUCGCUCUACGCCGAGAUGCUACAGAGGUUACCCACGAGGAUUUCAAUGAGGGGAUCAUCCAAGUGCAGGCAAAGAAGAAGUCCAGCUUGAAUUACUACGCAUAA